AUGGGUUCCAUCAACAACACCACGUUGUUAACGACGAUUGAGCUCCAUAACUUCCAACUCAACAAAGAUCGCCGAGAGAAAGUGAAGAAAGUUUUGAUGGAAGUUGGAUGUACAUCGGCGAAGAUAGUUGAGCAGACGUACACUGGCUCACUAACCACAGGGCCACUAACUUUCAAUCAAAGUGUAGGAUAUGUGAAGAAAUCUUCUAAACCAAAUCCGAACUCACCGCCAGUCGUGAAUGCGGUCUCGUUAGAUGUGAACAAUAAUAAGAGAAAACAAGUGAUUCCGAAGAAAAAUUCUGAACAGCUGCCUAAAAAAGAUUACAAUUGCAAAUUUCCAAACUGUGACAAAGUCAUCAGUGCUACAGUCCAGCAAAGACAUCGUAUUAUGCAGGAACAUGCGUUAAAACACUCUACUGUUCCACUGAUCAAGUGCGACGAACCCGGAUGCACACGAGCCUAUAAAACGAUGAAAUCCAAGAAAGAGCAUUAUCAAGCAGCUCAUAAGAAUGUUGACAAAAAAUACGGAUUAUUGGAUUUUCUCAAAUCGAAUGCUGAGUUUGAAGCUCUAUAUCGCCAAUGCUUCGGAACUCAAAUCAAUAUUGAGAAACAGAAGACUUACAAAACUCCAAAGGAAUCAAGAAAGAGAACAAUGUCCAAUCAAACAGGUGGACCAAAACAAAAGAAAUCAAAAAAGUAA